ACUUUGGAACUUUUUCCCGUUAAGCUAAUCCUACUGUUCUUAAUCUGCGAUUCUAGUAUGUUUUCAUAAUGAAUGGAAAAGAUAAUUUUAAUCAAAGAUGUCAAGAAUUUACUAUUUUAUAUACACACCAAAAGCUUAAAAAAUCGAAAACUUGGAAAGAUGGAUUUUUAAAGACAACAAUAAAUAGCACUAAGGUUGCCAUAUUGAGUGAAUCUCGGGAUUUAAUCGACUCAUUUCAUUAUCGAUUUGAUAAAAUUUAUUCUGGCGCAGAAAUUGAAAGCGAUCAGCUUUUGAUUCAAAUUCAAGACACUCUUGAUAAAAAUGAUUCUUUUAAUGAAGAACGAAAGGCUGUAAAUAAUGCUCACAACGAUCAUCCCACGAAGAUCGAACCUAGAACAAAUUUCUCACAACCAUUCAAAAAAAUAAAAUUGUCUAAUGAAACCCAAAAAAGUGAAAAAUUAACAGAAAGUAUUAAAAUCUAUCAACCAAACUCUUCAGAUGGACAUCAACGUGUAAGGACUAUACGGGAAAUCCUUCAUAUUAUUGGUAUUGAUCAAGAGAACAACCCCAAUUCCGAAUCUUCAAAUAUUUUAAAAGUGGGGAAAGGAAAAUCGUCAUCAAAAUCGAACCUAGAAUUGGAAAUAGAUUUGGAUUGUUUUAGUGAAAGUGAUAAUUAGUGAAAUGGAGAAAAAUUGACAUUUAGCAACUGACAAUUUUUAUUGAAAUCAUUUAAUUAUUUCAUAACUUCUUCUAUGUAACUUUUAAUCUGUUUAAAUUUCCUGUACACUAUAAUACAGGUGAUUUAUUUCAAAAGUUGACUUGAACUUUCCUCUGGAUUAUCCUUUUGUAAAUAAAUAAGUUUCAUGGAAUAAUUGUGAGAUGAUUUGUACUAUUAUAUCUGCUAUUUUCCAGGCUCCUUCUGUCAAGAUGACAGCAUUGACGCUAAGAUUUCAAACAUUGAGGUUAUACGUCAAUACAGCAGGCUGGUCAUAAAUAAUGUAUUUGCUAAAAAUAUGGUUUCCAUGCAAAACAAGAGACAUUGACCACAUCCGUUCAAUGAAUAUUUCAAUAACACUAAUGAUGAUGGGACGCUGGAAUAUAGUAAUGUUAUGCCAAUAAUUGGUAAAAAAUGCUAAAUGUUCUGAUUUUCUUUUAUCAUGUUUUUCAAGUAAGAUAUAUCCUUGCAAUUUCCGUAUAGUAGAUCAGGGAAAUCUACUCUCAGGAGAACUAAUAUCCCUGCUAUAUACUGAAAAAUAGUUAUAACUGAUAUAGAUCUCCUAUCGACUUAAUAAAAUUUGGCUAUUAGAACAACUGU